AUCAAGAACGUCAGGGCAAUAGCAAUACCUCCCCACACGAAAUGAUCCAAAGCUAGGACCUGGACCUUCAUGGAGCGAAUUUUCCGAACCGGCCUGCGAAGGGCCACCCCCGGCGCCGUCUUCCGCCUGACCCUCGACGGCCUGGGUCUCUUCUGCGCCUGUACGCUAGUCUGGGAGCAUCUGAUCACCGUGCAGCUCAGCGAGGGCCCUUCGAUGUACCCGACCUUCAGUCCGAGGGGCGAUUACCUGUUGAUCUCGCGGGUGCACAAACACGGCAAAGGCAUUGAGGUGGGCGAUGUGGUGCGAUUCUACCAUCCUACGUUUCUGGGAGUCAAUGGCGCCAAGAGGGUUAUUGGGAUGCCCGGGGAUUUUGUCUGUCGGGACUUGCCGUUCAGCACGGAGGUUGGGAAGGGGCAGGAGAUGAUCCAGGUGCCUGAAGGCCAUGUGUACGUGGGUGGUGAUAACCUUCCCUGGUCGAGGGAUUCGAGAAAUUACGGCCCUAUACCGAUGGGACUGAUCAAUGGGAAAAUCAUCGGUCGCGUCUGGCCGCCUUCGAAGAUGCAAUGGGUGCGCAACACGAUGCAGCCGGCCCAGCUGUCCGACGACUGAUUCGCCCUCAUCUUGUAUACAUACAACGGAGUUUGGAGUUCCGACUGGAAGGUUGGGAAAUUGUGGGAAAUUUGUGCAUAUUCAUACAUAUCAAUUGUACAGUACAUAGCGAGGACCGAAUGAUAGAAACACCAAGAGACGCAAAAAAGGGAGAAAAAUGCGGGUGAGGGUUCACCGGAAGGUCGAGGGGUUUCUCCUCUUGUAAGGAAGAGCCUCGCUCCUCUUCCGGCGAAGCUCCAAGUCUGCGUCGGCAUAUCCAAUCUGCUUCAUCACGGCGGCCAUGGUCUCAUCCCACUGGGUUCGGAACAGGUGCGCGCUAAUGGCCUUCAGGUGAUAGCGGGCCUGGAGGGU